AUGAGGAACAGGGAUUCUAAUAAAGAAGAGCUCUCCUUCAAAGCGCAUCACAUUGCAAGCUUCAUAGAAGGAGAAGAAAAGCUUACAGCCUCUAGCGUUGUUCACCAUAUAAGCUUGUUACACAGAGGAGGUCGUAUUGACGAGACACCAUGUAAAGUCAGACUAGAUAAGAAAGGAAUUUUAAUUGAAUUAAAUUCUUCGGAGGAGGUCGUGGAAUUUUUUGAAUGGUCUUCCAUAAGCGACCAAGCAGCAAUUUUCAAACGUUCAGAAGACUUUCAGUAUGGAUAUUUAAUACUUUUUCGGUGCUCACAGUAUAAUGCAGAUCUCGAGCUUAAAGAUUCUGAAGUUCACGUCUUUAGUUGCGAAACGAAAGAUGAUGCUAAACUACUGGUUGACUCGAUAUAUAAUCAGAAGAACUCAGCCCUCGGACUCAACUCAAAUGGAGACGCUUCAAGAAGUCUUGAAGUAAAUUUGAAUCGCGGCAGGUCAGAAGAAAAAAUAGACUCUACAGGAUAUGAUGGUGGAAGAAACUUUUAUAUGCUUAACCAAUGUAUAGACGAUAUAGAAUGCUUUGAAAAUCGUCUAGAGAAAGCGAUCAAACGAAAAUCGUCUUACAACAGAAAUAGUUCAGCUGAAGGAGUUUCGAACAAUGUAAGUUUUCCAAGUAAACAAGACGCUCAAGAAAUAAUCAGAAAAGUAAAAUAUGCUUUUAAUUUGAAUGAACAAAUUCAACCACAUAUUCCAGAAGAAAUAUCAAAGAAAAUUUUCAUUCGACUAUUCAACACCGUUCAGUGGUUGGAUAAAGUUUGUCGACAUAAUAUUGUACCUGACUAUGACCAACAUAUGGUGCGUGAGAUUGUUGAACCUUUAUUGGAAGAGGCUACGCUUGCAACGAUUGCCAAAAGAUUACAAAAUAAAAUCGAGUUUUGGAAAGGACUUGGUCCUGCCUGGAAUACUCCACCUGAAAGAUGGAGCGAACAUCUCGCUCGUUAUUCCCCACAGUUUGCCUCUAAAUCUGUUAAUAAACGCCAAACAUGGCACGCCGAAGCUAACAUAGUAACGCCAAGCGUGGGAGAUGUUGAGAUAAAAGUAACACAAACAAUCUCACCACGCCAUUCUCCUAUUCCUUCUGAACGAGCCAGAACUCCUUCACCCGUGCGUCAAAUUGGCACGGAAACCGUACCUAUGGACAAUGUGAAUACAGCAGUAUUAAAUCUUACUAAUGUUACAGUGGAAAAAUCUCCAGAACAAAGGGUGAAGUCAGUAGAUCAACGUAGUAGCCACCCUCAGCGUCGUUGGGAUUCUGAAGAAAAAUGGUGUGUUGUAAAUGUACUACAUGUAGGUGCAAAACCUCAAGAGCUAACUGUACAACCAGGCGAUGUUCUACAAAUUCUAAAUAGCAGUAAAGGUGAUUGGUGGUUAUUACAAAAUGAUGCAGGAGAAUCUGGUGAAGUACCUGCUUGGAAAUUAAAAGCUUAUAAUUAUCGACCGGAUCAUCCAACUACAGCUGGACUAAAGAAAACUCCAUCGAUGAAUAAUUUAUUCAGUAGAAAAUCUACUGAAACAUUUGGAAAUGAUAAUGAUAGUGUUAGUUUGGAAAAUCAUUCCAAUUUCCAGUCACAAAGAAAUAAUUCACAUGCACCCAAAAGUAUACUACGUGAUAAGUCUCCAACUAGGCAAACAGAUACUUCUGUUUUAAAUUUAAGUAUACCUAAUUCACCUACAGGACAAAAUUCUAACAAUGAUAAUAGAAUUAUGAAUGAUAAUUUUAAUACCAAUGCUAAUAAUAACGUUAUGUAUAUAACACCAUCACAACUUCAAGAAGCAAUCAAAAUUAAUAGUAAUUUGCCAAUGAUAUUAAUUCCAGUGCCUAGUUUAUAUAGUAAUAAUUCCGAUAUGUCAGCGAUUAAUUGGUCUAAUCUAAUUAACCCAAAUACAAAUGGUGCUGAGUUAGCGAGAACUCCCAAUCCUGGUGCAUUAGGACCAGGCUGGAAACCAGCUCCAAUAUUGAGUACUUCAGCAACUGAAGCUUUGGGCUACUCUCCAUAUCCUUUCAAUUAUCCAACUCAUAUGCAUACUAUGACAAGAGAAUUGAGAGAAAGAUUGUCUAAAAUGCAACUUGGAGGAGGAACUGGUCUUAAAUCAGUGCCUAUACCCUCCACGACACUUGAUAAACCUGAUCAAAGAUUAUCAAAAUAUGCAUCCAAGGAAGAAGUUGCAGAAUGGUUAGUAGCGCAUCAAUUCUCGCCAAAAGCUAUAUCUGCUUUGAAAGGAUUUAAAGGAAUGGAUCUUUAUACAAUGAAUCGAACCCAGUUAGAGCAACAUGCACCUAAUUCAAUUUCAAUAAUUAUUAAAUUAAUAAUUGUGUAA